AUGAGAACCGGACCUUCGCGGCUCAGACUAGUAAAUAGGAACUAUAAAUGGACCGGAGUCAGAAGAGGCGGCAGUUCAGAUGACAGUGACUUUGAAGUAGGAGAUGCUUCAGGCUCUGAUGGGACGGGUAAUGGCAGUGACGAGGAGGGCUCUAAAGCCAGUGUGGCAGGGUCAGAGAGCGAGUCGGACAACGCGGGCUCUGCAGAUGACGCCAUUGACGUAGAAGAGGCCAAAGAGCUGGAAGCAGAGCAGAACCUGUCUGAGGAGGAAGACAAGAGCAAGCAGGCCUCGGACACGUCCAAAGAAUCCUCCGAAAGUCCCACCAAAGAGGGAGCUGCAGUCACUCCUACCAAGAGCCGCCGCAAAGGCAAGAAGACCCCAGAGCCUGAGGCAGCAGCCCCCAGCACUGAGGCCUCCUCUGGGGCUGCAGCGGAGUCUGGGGCUGGUAGCACGACCGAUGAGUCACAGUCAGAGCCGAAGAAAUGGAACUUUCGCCGCAACCGCCCACUGCUGGACUUCACCACCAUGGAUGAGCUAAACGAGAUGGACGACUACGACAGCGAGGAUGACAACGACUGGAGGCCGACGGCUGGCAAGAAGAAGGGCAAAGGCGGAGCCAGCAAGGGGGCAGGCGAGGAGGAGGGGGGAGGGGCUAGUGACGACGACGACGACGAUGAUGACCGCGACGACGAUGAAGACAACGACGAGGAUGAUGACGAGGAUGAUGAUGAGGAGGAGGAGGAGGAUGAAGACGACAAGGAGGAUGGAGAGGACAACAACAGCAGCAGCGACAGCGACAAGAAGCCCAAGAAGAAGAGCAAGAGCAGCAAGAGCGCCACGGCCCCGGACGAGGAGCUCACCAACGACAGCAUGUCCCAAGGAAAGGGCAACGAGGAUGGCCUCCUGGAGCGGCCCCUGAGUUGGAGCGCACAGCACAUCCUCAUCUGCAGCGUGUGUUUGGGAGACAACAGCGAAGACGCAGACGAGAUCAUCCAAUGUGACAACUGCGGGGUGACCGUCCACGAAGGCUGUUACGGUGUGGACGGGGAGAGCGACUCCAUCAUGAGCUCCGCCUCUGAAAACUCCACUGAGCCUUGGUUCUGUGAUGCCUGCAAGAAUGGAGUGAGGCCCAGCUGUGAGCUCUGCCCCAACCAGGAUGGCAUCUUUAAGGAGACCGAUGCUGGCAGGUGGGUGCACGUGGUGUGCGCACUUUAUGUUCCCGGAGUGGCUUUUGGAGACAUCGAUAAACUCCGUCCUGUAACCCUCACAGAGAUGAACUAUUCCAAAUAUGGAGCAAAGGAGUGCAGUUUCUGUGAAGACACACGCUUCGCCCGCACCGGAGUGUGCAUCAGCUGUGACGCGGGCAUGUGUCGCUCCUUUUUCCAUGUGACCUGUGCUCAGAGGGAGGGCCUGCUGUCUGAGGCUGCAGCUGAGGAGGAUAUAGCAGAUCCUUUUUUUGCAUAUUGUAAACAGCAUGCAGACCGCUUCGACAGAAAGUGGAAAAGGAAGAAUUAUCUAGCUUUGCAGUCCUACUGUAAGGUGUCUCUGCAAGAAAGGGAGAAACAGCUCACCCUUGAAGCACAGGGCCGGAUUACGACCCGUCUUCAGCAGUACCGUACCAAAGCUGAGCUGUCGCGGAACACUCGCCCGCAGGCGUGGGUGCCGCGGGAGAAGCUGCCACGACCACUGACUUCCAGCGCCUCGGCCAUCCGAAAGCUGAUGAGGAAGGCCGAGCUCAUGGGCAUCAGCACGGACAUCUUCCCUGUAGACACGUCGGAUGCCAAUGCCAGCAUGGACGGGCGUCGGAAGCACAAGCAGCCCGCGCUCACUGCCGAUUUUGUCAACUACUACCUUGAGAGGAACAUGCGAAUGAUCCAAAUCCAGGACAACAUCUCGGAGCAGAAGAACCUGAAAGACAAGCUGGAGAGCGAGCAGGAGAAACUGCACGUGGAGUACAACAAGCUUUGUGAAACACUGGAGGAGCUGCUGAACAUGAAUGGCGAGCUGCGUGGUGAAGGAAAGACCGUCUGGACUCUGAUGGGAGGCAUCCUGGGACAGAAACUAAACACUCCAGCCGUACUGAAAGCGCCCAAGGAAAGGAAGCCCAAUAAGAAAGAAGGAGGAACCCCGGGAAAGUCGUCCAGCCUCCCGGCCAUUCUGUACAGCUGUGGCAUCUGUAAAAAGAACCAGGACCAACACCUGCUGGUGCUGUGUGACACGUGUAAGCUGUACUACCACCUGGGCUGCCUGGAGCCCCCCCUCACACGCAUGCCCAAGAAGACCAAGAACAGCUACUGGCAAUGUUCGGAGUGCGAUCAGGCCAGCAGUGACGAGGCUGACAUUGCAAUGGCAACGCUCCCCGACGGCACCAAAAGGUCCAGGAGGCAAAUCAAAGGACCAAUCAAAUUCAUCCCUCAGGAGAUGUCACCGGAGCCCAAGAAGAGCCAAGUACGAAGCUCCAGAACACGUGGACAGAAGAGGAAGCGACUGAACCUGUCUGAAGAGCCAGAGGAGAAAGUGGAGGAACCGGCACCACGGGAGCGGCGCCAACGUCAGUCAGCCCUGCAGAAGAAACCCAAAGCGGACGACACCCGGACCGAGUGCACCACGUGUAAAGGGCCGGGCGACAACGAGAAUUUAGUGAGGUGUGACCAGUGCCGCCUCUGCUACCACUUCGGCUGUCUGGACCCACCCCUGAAGAAGUCCCCCAAACAGACGGGCUACGGCUGGAUCUGCCAGGAGUGUGAUACCUCCUCCUCCAAGGAGGAAGAGGAGGAUCCAAAAGAGCAGGACAAUGACCAUGCCCCUGCCUCUGCCUCUGCCUCUGCCUCUGCCACUGCUGCUGCUGACGUGAAGGAGGAAUCGGCCGAAGAGGACAUGCAAACUUUGGACUGA